AUGAUGGUGAUGAUGAAGAUGGUGAUGAUGAUACUAACCCAUGCUCUCUGGCCUGUCCCUGCAGUGUACCCCGCCGACCCGGACUACUACGGCCGCCCCAGUGUUCAGGAGUUCCCCACCUUCGACAUCACCUCGGCGGCUCCGUCUCCGAACGCCACCCUGGACCAGCGCCGCGGCUCUCGCUUCGGAGGCUUCCCGUUCCCGCUGGAGCGCUCCGACCGCCGCGCGCCUCUGCCUCCUUGCUACAGCAACCAGAACCUGGACGACUUCCUGGGUCCCGACGGCCUCCCCAUCCCCGCCAGCGAGUACACGGCCCUCAGCUACUACCCGACCUCCCGCCAUCACGCCCGGAGCCUGGAUAACGUGUCCGCGGGCUACAAGCGCAUGAGCGUGAGGCUGAGCGUGGCCAUGCCGUCGUACGCCGAGAGCCAGGAGCAGGAGGUGGUGGAGCCGAGUCGAGCUUCAGAGCCGCGGCCGCAGAGCAGGACGCUCGCCACAGGGCAAACUCACGGCCCGGGGCAAACACACGGCUCGGGUCAAACGCCACGGCCGUACGGCGGCGGCGGCAGCACGGUGGGCAGUGACUACGGCAGCUGCGAGGAGGUCAUGUUCUGA